AUGAAUCCGUCGAGCCCCGACAAGAGCUUUGUACGCAGGGAGAAUGCGGAUAACAUGUAUGGCUACGAACACCAUACCCCAACGACUCCUUGCAGGAAAGUUGAGCGUGAACGACACGAAAUGAUGCCACGGCUUCCACAACGCAGUUCCGAUAUAGGGUUUGCCUCAGAAGAGUUCUCGGGCACAAAUUGCCCGCCAAUGUCUCCAGAUCGGGUUGCGCGUAAACAGCGAUCAAUCAGUCGCCGCGGAGGCGCAUGCUACGCGACGCUCCUUCAGAGCGCCGUACAAGCAUCUAUGUCUUCGUUUGAUCCCACAGGCUCCGAUGGUGAAACCGACGCCCUUGGGACAAGCUUUGUAUCGCUGGGUAGUAUGUUCCUUCAAGACGGACCCGCUAGUCCCCGUAAGAGGGUGAGAAGGUUACAAGACAAGAAGGACAACGAAGACGCGAUCGAGUACGCCAGCGACCUACUCGGUAGUCUCUGCGUUGGGCCCGUCGACGACGCUUCUGAAGAAACAAAAGCCUCCAGCAGCAUCGGUGAACGAAAGCCUCCAGUCCGCAGAGUCUCUCGUCGAACGUCCUACGAUAGUCGUGUUUCUGAUGGGACAGACUUCGAAUUUGAUGGGUCGUGAGACCGCUACUUUUGCAAAUUUACUGUUCAUAGUUUGCGCUCAUCCGAAACUAAGCUACCCGGGAUGGAUGAACAGAUCCGCGGAAGGGAAUGAACGCGCACUAGGUCAUGAUCUAGGCUACGAAAUGCGUCAACAUAUAAUCUAUAGAUGCUGAGUGGAUAUGUGC